CACGCUGACACCGAGCGAACACUGGGCUCGCACACACACACACACACACACACACAUCCACACAUCCACACAGACAGACGCGCGCACACACGAGCGAGCCUCACGAUAGUACCGACAGAUCCGCGUCAGGAGUACAGCCGAGGAGAGCACACCGAGGCGCAUAGAAGCUUCUUCUGUGAGAGGAAAACGAGAGGAAAACGCAGGGAAGAAAGAAACGGAGGAAAUCCCCCGAAAGGAAAUGCCAAUCGCAGCCGCUGGACAGCCAACGACCCAGGAGCGCAGAGUCUGCCCCCGGCUGCCCUCCACCCCGGAGACUGUCCCCAAAGGGGCUGAUUUAUUCGACGAGGCGGGGGCGGCGGAGUCGGCGGAGCGAACCGAGUACGGGGGCGCAGAGGGGGGUGGAGGACCCGGAGGACUCGGGGGCUACACUUACAGCCAGAGCGGCGCUAGGGGCUUUGUGCAGCCCGGGUCCGCCGACGUCUCUCCGCCGCGGUCCCCGGCCGCGUCCGCGUCCCUUCUGUUCCGCCCCCUUCUCCCCCACCAAAUGGCGAUGGAGCCCCCGAGGACUCGAUCGCGCUCUCGCUCUGGAUACUACCAGCACUACGGUGCUGGGAAUGGCACGGGAUUUACCGGCAGUGGAGUCAUGGGAUCUAACCAUCACCACCAGCAGCAGCAGCAGCAGCAGCAGCAGCAGCAGCAGCAGCAUCAACAACUCCAUCCACAGCAGCAGCAGCAGCAGCAGCAGCAGCACGGUGCCGGUUGCGCACCACUUGGAGCUCACGGCAACCACCCGGAGAACCAGCAGCGAGCCCCAGGAAGUAACACCUCUCCCGGCAUUCAAAGGCUGCCUUCCGUCCCCGGGGCGCACCGCAUCCCGGCGGCAGGGGCCUCUGGCGGAUCGUACCACUGCCACCCAGACCAUGCAUAUGGAGAGGAGAGUGAUAAGAGUGAGGAAAGCCCAAGUCCCAAGCGCCAGAGGCUGUCCAGCCAGUCCGUUUUGGAACAGCUAACCUCAUCCGUCCCUCCACCAUCCACACCAUCUCCCCCCAUCCGCCCCUGGGAGUCAGGGCCCACGAGUCGGAGACAACCUCACCCCCACACACACUACCACCAGGAGAGAUGCCUCACUCCUGCUCGGCACAGACGCAGCCCACCAGCAAGGCGCCAGCGUGGCCGUCUGUCCAGACCCACUCGUCAUUUGCCUCCCCACCAUCACCCCUCCACCCAAGGCCCCGCGCCUCGCCUCUCGUCAUCGGAUCUCCAGGAUGAGAACUACCACCACAACCCCCGUCCCUCCAUGCACCAGACAUAUCCAACACACACGCCCAGCACCUACGGUCAGCCCCCAACAGCUGGCAUCGGUGGGGCAGGGUCAGACGAGCCCAGAGCUUUCCACCCCCCUACCCUGUCGCCACGGCUACUGCAUCCAGCCGCUCACCACCAUCAUCACCUCCAUCAUCAGCAACAGCACCAUGCAGCGCAACAACAGCAAGGAGCCAUGGUCAUGGACCUGCAUGAACAGCUGCAGCAGGGCAGUGUACCAGUCUCCUACACAGUGACCCCGGUCCCUCCUCACGGUCUCGCAGCACCUUUGUGUAGCGGUCAGCACCUCCCCCCUUCCUGUUCCUCACAACAACAGGUCCCCGCCUGCAGUAUGGUCUUCAGCACUGGACAACACUACCACCCGAUGCUGCAGGCUUGUUCAAUGCAACAUUUGCCGGUACCCUAUGCCUUCCCAUCACUGCUUUCCAGUGACCCUCAGUUCCUGCUUCCUCCCCCACCUCACCUCUCUCACCAUGCGCCUCACCUCCCCUCACCCGGGCAGUUCCUGCCUUUCCAGACACAACAGCCUCGAUCGCCGUUACAGACGAUCGAAAAUGAGGUUGAGCUUUUGGGAGAGCAGCUUUCAGUGGGUGGAGGCUUUAGCUAUGCCCACCACCACCACCACCACCAUCACCACCAGCCCCCCUCCACCCUGCCACCCUCCACCCCUCUCCAGUUCCUCUCACACCAUGACCCACUGUCCCAGGAGCUUUUCACAGUGCCCUAUCCCCAUUUUAUGCCUCGCCGAUUCACAAGCAGGCGUUUCCGGUCUCAGCAGGCAGUGCCCCCCUCACCCUACCACCCCAGCUUCCUGCCUUACUUCCUGUCCAUGCUUCCUGUGCCCCCAAAUGUGGCCCCAACUAUCAGUCUAGAGCUGGAUGUGGACGACGGAGAGGUGGAGAACUAUGAGGCUCUGUUGAACCUCGCCGAGCGUCUCGGAGAAGCCAAGCCUCGUGGUCUAACCAAGGCAGAUAUAGAGCAGCUGCCAUCAUACAGGUUCAACCCCAAUAACCAUCAGUCUGAGCAAACACUGUGUGUGGUGUGCAUGUGUGACUUUGAGUCUCGGCAGCUCCUCAGGGUCCUGCCCUGCAAUCAUGAGUUCCAUGCCAAAUGUGUAGACAAGUGGCUUAAGGCCAACCGGACCUGUCCUAUCUGUCGAGCCGAUGCCUCGGAGGUCCAGCGGGACUCUGAGUGACUCGUAUCAGCACCAAACGCCCACAAUCCCUGGCUCCGUUUGACUCCCCUUUGGAUGCACCAACCAAUCAGUGAACUCCUCUCUUUUUAUAAUACAGUAUAAUGCACACAUUCCGCCACAUUACUGGGACCAGUGCUCCUUACUCCUUCACUCUUUGUUCUCUAGGACACUGAACAGUAAAUCUCACAUGGAUCAGCAUUUAGGGGUGUGGGAACUUUUGACUGACUCAUGCUCACACUAUUGCUGGACUUCCUAGGCCUUUUUAGGAUUACUACUCUGCCUUCUGCUCAUGGUUCCUCCUUUCUAUGAAUGGCCUUUGCAACAAAACAAUGUCAUGUGCAGGUAGACAUACAUGUUUUUUUAAAAGUCAUUGUGAACCCUUCAGUCUUCUAUGGAUGGACUCGCAAAAGACUACGUUAAAAAUCUUGGCAGUCCAAAGAUUGUUUUAAUUUCAUUGUUAUUAUUAUGGUUAUAAUUAAGCAUUCACAUCUUGGUUUGCACAGUCGUUUUUAACCAGACUCAUUAUCAUUACAGUCGUACCGAAUCAGUCUUUUUUUGAAUUUGUGUGUUCAUGCAUUCCUUUUCUAGAGAGCUGUGUGUAGGGUGAAACAGAUACUGUACACUGUCAAACAGUCAAAUACUUUGGAACAUAGAACUUUUUUUUCCCUCAAGGUGUGUGUGUGCAUGGGUGUGUGUGUUUCUUCCUGUGAUAUUUAUACAGUUCAUGUGGGUACAGUGCACUGGCUGAAUCCUAAAUCCGGUAUUUUUCCCACUCUGUCAGAUUGAUUAAACUUCAGACCCUUAUAGUUGAGGUUUGCUUGGAGGUCAAAGUUUAGGAGGAGGAACACCUCCCAAGAAAUCAGCAAUGCUGCACAGUGUUUCUUGGUGUUUAUGACACAAACGAUUUACACACUCUUAAUACCUUGGCUCCACCAGUCCAUUCCUGCUAGUCUACAUUGUUCCUGUGUGAAAUGAGUAAAGGCUGGAAGCUUUUGAGACCAAUUGUUUUUUGAUGCAGUAUUUCCUCACCACAAUGAAACAAAUCCUGACCCUUCAUCUGUCUCCACAUAUCCAAUAAGCUCUUCUCUAAGGCACAUUAUGUGAAUACAGUUAGAUAUUACCGACAUGACCAGGUGGAUUAAUCGAUUCUCAGUUCACUAGCUUUCUUUUAGGAAUAAGGCCUUUGAAGACGCGUCUGUAGCUGCCUCGGUACCCGAGCAGCGUUCUGUGUGCUUUGGCAGGUACAGAUGCAAUGUUUUCUCCAUCACUGACGGGGAACAAAUUUAAAGACACUUAUAAGGUCACAGCUGAAUCUACUAAAUUUGACCAGGCAGCAAAUCUGACACUUCAGCACUUUAAUACGUAGGUUUAAGACCUACACACUCUUUUCCAUUCAGGAAACCACUGAUCAGUUUCUCACAGUCGGUGUGUGAAGGUGAGCAAAAAUGUAAAUGCAUUAAAAACCAUAUAUCUCCACUUCAGCUUCUAUUACCUACAGUAUGUCACUGUCAACCCUUUUAUGUUCUCACUGCACAUCUGUCCAUGUCCAGAGUUGUUUUUAAAAAAACAAUCUGUGUAAAGCCUAUGUCAGUUUGUCAUAAGUAACUCCCAAGAUGUUCACCUCGCGCACAGAGCAGACUUCCUAAUGUAUUUUAUCACUAUUUAUCACAAGUGGUAUUUUUGUGUCAACAUGACAACCUAACAUAGGCCUUAGAGAGAUUGUGUUGACAAAAGGGUUGGUUUGGAAAGUUGAUUCAGGCACAUGCAGUCUUACAUCUGAGAAGCCAAAUUGUUCUUUUUUCCAGGCACAAGCUGUAUCUAUCCAGUGUCACCCCAUCAGACCAAUACAUUUGUUUCCGACCGUUUUAAAUCCAGAGUGUGUCCAGGGAGAAUGUUAAUCUCCAGUGAUGUUAGUGUAUAAAGUCAUGAAAUAUCCACGGGAAUGGAGGGAAAUUAUAUUUUGUGUAAUUGUGUUUUUUUUUCUUCUUUGGGGUCAAAGGUCAUAUUUGUGACCAUAUACAUCCAUUUUGUGUCUUAGGAUUGUUUUUGUGUUGGACAGUUUUCUGUUGCUUGGUACACUAGCAAAUACCUCAGUCCCACUAUUUAUGUCUUUUUCAGAAAACGGUGCAACCAGUAUGAUUAGUGCUCAUCGAUUCAUUUUGCUAAUGUUUUCCAUGCAAGUCGUUUGGAUUGUUUGAACUGUUUUUUUCCUUUAAACUCUAUGAAACUCUUCUCAUUAAAAAUGGCAUCAUAGUAGUUUCAUCAUGUAUUAUAUCUGUAACCAAAAUCAUUUGAAGGCCUGUUAUUAUGAUGAUGAAAUUUUUAACAAACAUUUGUACAUUUUGUAAGAGAGUUAUUACUAGUAAUACUUUAUUAAGUAGUGCAAUGAUUUUUUUAAUCCCUUACCCCAUCUUUUGGAUUUCAAAAGCUGGAUCAAUAAUAAAUGUAUAACAUCCUCUUUUAAAA